AAGCACGAUGGAUUGCUCAGUUCAGAUAUCAGCAGUCCUCUGCCAGGAGAGGUCACAGCUCCACAGAACCUGAACUCAACAGCCAAGCUAAAAACUCCUCUCUAAUCAUGAACGGCAAACUUGGGGCUGUCCUGGCUCUUCUCCUGAUUUCCGUGGCUCUGUCUCAAGGCAGGAGCCUGGUAAGGAUGGGAAACGAGCUCCGGUGCCAGUGCAUAAGCACUCACUCGAAGUUCAUCCACCCUAAAUCUAUUCAAGAUGUGAAGCUGACGCAAAGCGGCCCCCACUGCAAGAACGUUGAAAUCAUAGCUACUCUGAAGGACAACAGAGAGGUGUGCUUGGACCCCACUGCUCCCUGGGUACAGCUGAUCGUAAAGGCAAUUCUGGCCAAGGCUCAGCUCAAUUCUGAUGCGCCACUGUAAGAAAAAUAAAGACAGAAAAAAUCUCAGAACCACUCCCACUCCUCCGCUGAGAGAAACACCCGAGGAGAGCACCAUCCCGCUCUCAGGAGGCGUGCCACCUUCCUCCUCCCACAUCGGUGUUCUUAUCUUCGCCGUAGAUCACCGUGUCUACUUAUUUAUUUAUUUAUUUAACUGCAUCUAUUUAAGAAAGUCUUUCAAAAUGGUCAGCGCUGUCCGUGGGACACGCUGUCCAUUGAAACCGAAGACACUGAACAGGAGAAGUGGCUUGCUCAAGGAAAUGAAGAUCCCUUGGAAGUCACUUCAGUCAAACACAACCAGUUAAGUGCAAUGCACUUACAGCACAGCUUGCUUGUACGAAGCCCUACUAUUUUGCUAUUACAGCAGCAAACCGGUAAAUCCUCCUGCUCCCCUGGAGUGCUCUAGUAUGUUGUGUCAACAGCAGUUUCCUUAAUCACAGUCAGCCCGUGGCUUCACUGUGAGCUCUGACUUCAUGACUUCAAAAAUCUAGCCUGCAGAAUCUGUAAGAGAGUGGCUUUGGUGUUUAGUUAUUGUGAUUUCUGUGGUAUUUAUAAAUAUAUUUAUUUAGUAGUUUCUACACAAGACAGAAAGCGAUGAUAAUUUAUUUAAUUUCUACUGUAUUUUCCAUUCCUAAUAAUAAUUUUUAAAGAAAUGUUCACAGACCUGUUACGCUGUCUAAGGACUUGGUUCUAUGUCUAAUUAUCAAAUUAUUCAUCAAAUGGAAAAAAUUGUAGCUUAUAUAGACAGAAUUUGCUUGUGAGAAUGUCAUUAUUCCUGACAAUAUUUUAAUAAAUACUUUCUACAAAAAAAAAAA